AUGCCUAUUGAUCAUGCUAAAUUAGCAAAAUUACAAAAGCUAUCAUCCGCAAAUAAGGUUGGUGGUACCAGAAGAAAACAGACUAAGAAGACACAUUUAUUUCCGGAUGAACCAAAAUUAAUGAAUCAAAUGCAUAAAAUGGGUGGGGUCACAAUCAGUGAUAUUGCAGAAGCCAAUUUUUUUCAAGAAGAUGGUAAUGUUUUGCAUUUUGACAAAUUAGAAAAAUUUGAAGUUGCUCCAAAAUAUAAUGUUUCUGCUAUCUAUGGUAAAGGCGAAUUAAAACGUUUAGAUGAUAUGUUUCAAGAUGUUUUACCGCAAUUAGGUUCUGAAGCAUAUUUUGCUCUAUCUCAACUGGAUGCUAAGAUUAAAGAAUUCGAGGAAGCUAAAAAGAUUGAGGAAGCGCAAAAGAAAAAAUAA